AUGAACUCAAAUAUCCAAUAACACCUUCCCUAUCAGGAAAUUAAUAUCAAAGAUUAGAAAAGAGACAAAAAAUCCAAAGAUUAGUCAUUAAUAGAUGAAUUACAUAAGGCAUAGACCAAAAACUUAACUAAGAAAAAGGCUAACAAGAACAUAACUAAAUUUAUAAAAACAUAUGAUAUCUGA